AUAAAGACGACGACGCACAGUUGGAUCAUGCAUUUCGCGCGGUCAGUCAGUAGUUGCAGAAACAUGCCGUUGAGCUAACAUACGAAAUACAGUGCAGUGAUAGUUAGUUGAAGGAAAGCAAUUUUUGUAUGAAAAAAAGUUGAAAACAUAAUUGGAAAUUCAAAUUGAAUAUUGCUUAAAAGAAAAAAGCGAAAUUGGAUAAAAAAUAAUAAAGUACAAAAAUUGCAUUAAAAAAAUUGCAAAACGCCAAACGGACUAUAAAAGUUUCACAAACAAUAGUUACAAACAAAAUUUUACCCUAAGAGUAUUUGGUUAUAAAUAUUCAACAAUAUUAUCAUUAAAAAGAUGCGCAUUGCAUUUAGCAGCAGUUUUAUUUACGUCUGUUUGAUUUUAACAAAUUUGUUGUUGCUGUGCGACAGCGAAGCGCAACGAACCGUUGGCGCACGCGGCGUGCUGCGCAGAAAUUACACAGGCAAAAAACCGGUUGUGAUACAACAUCGCUCACAGGAUGCCGUCAAUUAUUACGAUCAUGAAAAUGGCGCUAAAAUUAUAAAAUCAUCCCACUUUGAAUUGGACUAUACGCUGGGACGGAAAAUCACAUUCUUUUGCAUGGCGCAGGGCAAUCCACGUCCCACAAUCACUUGGUUCAAAGAUGGCGCUGAAUUGUAUCAGCAUCGAUUUUUCCAGGUGCACGAGUCCCACAUUGAUGCCGAUAUUAUAAAAUCUAAAAUGGAAAUCGAUCCGACCACACAAAUGGAUGCAGGCUACUACGAAUGCCAGGCGGAUAAUAUUUACGCCAUCGAUAGACGCGGUUUUCGCACGGAUUAUGUUAUGAUAAAUUUUUAGUAUAGCAGUAAUUUACUUAUUGUAUAAAUUGAAAAUUUUCUAGAAAACUAAAAUCUUCCGCGCAUACGAAUGCAAAUGCAUACAAUUCUAAACAAUUUUC